AUGUCUGGUGCAACUUUAAUUAAUCCUAAUUAGGAAAGAAAUUAUUUUUUGAAUAAACCCAUGUCUAACGUGAAUUAGUCUUAAGGAUCUUCAUCACUUAACUUCUUGAUUAACUCGUAAUCUGAGUCAGCAGCAGUACCUCAUGCUGCUAGUAACGCUUCUAGGAGAGAAUACUUCCAUAAAAAUAAUAAUCACAGUGGCUUAUAAUAAAAUAAAAAUACUAGCUUCUAUAACGAUAGAGAUUAAAAGUUCUAUUCUAAUAAUAAUUAACAGUAAAACUAGUAAUAAUUUAACUCUAACUCAUAAAGAUCUUACAACACAUAAAGGGAAACAAGAAAGCAAUCUCCUUAUUGCAGAGAAAGAUCAAGUGUUGAUGAAUAACAUGAAGCUCCCAACAAAACUAAAAUGAUCUAAAAACAAUAUAAAACUUUAAAACUGAGUAAAAAAUUUGACUUGCUAGACAAUGUAAAAAGACAAUAAAUGCUUAGACUCAAUGUUAAUUGCUUCCAAAAUAAAUUCAGUAAAGUCAACAACAACAUUAUUCCUACUCUUCCUAAAUUCCUCAUGUAAAAAUAACAACCAUAAAAUCUGAACUCAAAGAAUAUUAUGUGA